GCUCCGCCCACCAGUCACGUGCCCACGACGGAACGGAGGUUGCGCGCCGGCGCAGUUGCCACGUCGCGGCGAAGCGGCGUGAGGGAGCGGGCGGCCCUUCGCUGUGUGGAUUACUGCCGAUGUCCCGACGGCUAAUAAGAUAAAAUGAAGCUGAAAGAGAUUGAGAGGACAGCUGUUCAGUCCUGGAGUCCUGCUUCACAUCAUCCCCUUUAUUUGGCCACAGGUACCUCAGCACAACAGUUGGAUGCUACCUUCAGUACAAAUGCAGCAUUAGAGAUCUAUGAGCUGGAUUUUUCAGAUCCAUCACUGGAUGUAAAGUUGCGGGGCUGUCUACCUGCGACCACCAGAUUUCACAAACUUAUUUGGAGCAACCAUGGUAUAAGUUCUGACGGAGUCAUAGCAGCUGGAGGGGACACUGGGACCAUCACCCUUUAUAGCGCAGAACAGAUUCUUACAGCUGGAAACGAUCCCAUCAUUGGCCAGAGUUCGAAACAUGGGGGCCCUGUCCGAGGGUUGGAUUUUAACCCCUUUCAGAGCAACCUGAUUGCUUCUGGAGCUAAUGAUUCUGAGAUAUAUAUUUGGGAUUUAAAUAACUUCAGUACACCAAUGACACCAGGAGCAAAAUCACAGCCUUCUGAAGACGUCAGUUGUGUGGCCUGGAAUCGACAAGUGCAGCAUAUCUUGGCUUCUGCUCAUCCAAGUGGCAGAGCUGUGGUGUGGGAUCUGAGAAAGAAUGAACCUAUCAUCAAAGUUAGUGAUCACAGCAAUAGGAUGCGAUGUUCUGGAAUGGCUUGGAACCCUGAAGUUGCCACUCAACUAGUUCUUGCAUCUGAAGAUGAUCGUAUGCCUGUGCUACAAAUAUGGGACUUGCGGUUUGCAACUUCCCCUCUCAAAGUUCUAGAGAAUCACACCAGAGGUAUUCUAUCCAUAUCGUGGUGUCAAGCUGAUGCAGAGUUGCUCCUUAGCAGUGCAAAAGAUAAUAGGAUCUUGUGCUGGAAUCCUAACAGUGGAGAGGUAGUCUAUGAGCUCCCAACAAGCACUCAAUGGUGCUUUGAUGUCCAGUGGUGUCCUCGUAAUCCUGCAGUUCUGUCAGCUGCUUCCUUUGAUGGACACAUCAGUAUUUACUCUGUAAUGGGAGGAAGUCUUGAAGCACAGAAUCAAGACCAUGUUGACAAGAUUUCUUCUUCAUUCAAAAAUUUGGACCCUUUUGGCACUGGGCAGAUACUUCCACCUCUAGAUAUUCCUCAGAAAGCAGUUCAGCCCACUGUGAUCCUUCCCUUGAAAAAGCCUCCCAAGUGGAUCAGGAGACCCGUUGGAGCAUCAUUUGCUUUCGGAGGAAAGUUGAUUACUUUUGCCAACUCCAAAGCUGCUGCUCCACAGGUACAGCAGCCUGUUUCACGCCAGGUCUUUGUUAGUGUGGUUACUACGGAAACAGAGUUUUUGCGCCGUUCAAAUGAGUUACAGACUGCACUCCGGUCAGAGGCAUUUAUCCAUUACUGUCAGUCCAAGAUUAAUGUUGCUGGAACAGAAUUUGAAAAGAACAUCUGGAACUUUUUAAAGGUAAAUUUUGAACAAGAUCCUCGUACAAAAUACUUGAAUCUGCUUGGCUACAGUAAGGAAGGGCUGGAAAAAAAGAUCACAUCAAGUCUAGGCAACAGUACACGACUGAAGAAUCUACAAGUGGAGAAUAAUGAGCGAAUGCAGAAGAUGCCGGGAGUCUCUAGUCAGAGUUCAAGUUCUGAGGAAUCCAUUGCAGCAGGAGAUGCCUCAACAACUGACUUCUUUGAUAAUAUUCCGGCAGAAAAACCAAUCUUCGAAAUUCCUGUGACCGGAGAUACUGAUGGGUUGAUCAGCCAAGCCUUGCUGAUAGGAAACUUUGAAGGUGCUGUUGAAUUAUGUCUCAAGGACGACCGUUUUGCGGACGCCAUCAUACUUGCUAUUGCUGGGGGUGAAGAGCUUCUUGCACAGACACAGAAUAGGUACUUUGCUAAAAGGAAGACCAAAAUUUCACGGCUUGUGUCUUCUAUAGUUACCCAUAAUUGGAGGGACAUUGUAGAAUCGUGUGAUCUGGACAAUUGGAAAGAAGCUUUGGCUGCUCUCUUGACUUAUGCCAAACCAGAAGCAUUCCCAUCUCUAUGUGAUACUCUAGGAUCCCGGCUAGAGAUGGAAAAUGACGGAGGACUGUGUAUGCAGGCAUGCCUUUGUUAUAUCUGCUCUGGAAAUGUUGAGAAACUAGUAGAAUGUUGGGUGAAGACUCAUGAAAGCUCUACUCCACUUUCACUAGAGGAUCUAGUGGAAAAGAUUAUGAUCUUGCAGAAGGCGAUUGAGUUACUCCAGGGCACUGACAGGGCUGCGGAGGGCCCAGUCUUUGCAAAGAAACUCACACAAUAUGCCAGUUUACUGGCUGCUCAGGGGAAUUUGGAAGCAGCCAUGAGCUACCUCCCUUCCACUUCAGAUCAGUUUAUGAUACUUCAGCUCCGAGAUAGACUGUUCCACGCUCAAGGUGAAGCUAUGAUGGGCCAACAGCCGCCUCCUUUUCCGUUUAACCGUGUUUUGACAAGAAGGCCACAUCCAACUGCUUCUCCUGCUGCCACUCCAACUUGUCAGACACCACCUCAGCGGGCAAACCAGCAACCGUCCCAGCAGUCUCCAUAUCAGGCGCCGUUUUGUCCCCAGACCCAAGUCCGUCCAUCAGCUCCAACAGUAUUUACUCCACAGCUUGCCCCUGUAGUACCUCCAUUUGCUCCCUCAGCUCAGGGCAUUGCUGGAAGCACCACCAAUAUCUACUCCAAAUCAGGAGGAACACACCCCACCUAUCCACAACAUCCUACCACAAUGUCAGCACCAGUAUUUUCACAAUACCAGAAUUAUGGACAGCCAAAAAUUCCUUCAAGUGGAUUCCCAUCCUAUUCUCUACAGCAACCUUUGCCAGGUUCAGGAUUGACUGGUCCAUCUCAACCUACAGCCUCGCUGAGUGGUCCUACAAUGCCUAGUAUAUCUAUGUCAGGGCCAUUAUUAAUGGCCCCUGCUUCAGUGCCAUCUUAUCAGCCCUCCAGCACUUUGCCACCGUGUACACAGCCUGGACCAAUGCCAGCUUAUCCAGGACAACACCAGCAUCAAGUUCACCCUCCUACAUCUCUAUCAGGCAUUCAUCCUGCUUUUCCCCAUCCCUCGGGAACAGGAGGCCCAGGAGUUGCUCCUUCCAAACCAUUCAUGGCUGCAGCCGUUCCUCCUCCCCCUCAAACAGGAUUCCUGCCAUGGCUACAAAACCGACAUUGUAUAUCAGGGUUCCAGGAUGGAUGGAAUGAUCCUCCAGCAGUGCGGGCAGGGCAGAGAAAGAAGGUGCUUCAAGACAACUACACUCCUCCAGCUCCUAUAACAGCUCCUGUUGUAAAUUUCUCUGUGGAUCCACAAAAGGCCCAACCCCAAGGCCUGUCUUCUCAGGAAACCAGUCAAGGACCUCCAGGGGCACCAAAAGAGGGCAACUUUCAGCCACUACAACAGCUGCCCACAGAGAAGAUUGUGAAAAAGCAAAUUCCAGAAGAGCACAUGAUAUUGAAGACCACGUUUGAUGGGCUGGUACAACGAUGCCUUUUAGCUGCUGCUGACCCUCAAACUAAGAGGAAGCUGGAUGAUGCUGCAAAACGACUGGAUUACCUGUACGAUAAACUGAGAGAGCAUACUCUCUCUCCACACAUUUUAAGUGGACUACAUGAAAUUGUGCGGAACAUCGAGGUGUGCAAUUACCAGCAAGCGCUGGCUGUUCACACACAUGUUGUGAGUAGCAGCAAUUUCAGUGAGAUCUCUGCAUUCAUGCCAGUUUUAAAAGUUAUUGUGACAAUCGCCAACAAGCUCAACAUCUGAAUAAGCUGCCAACCAACCGCAGGGUUUCACAUUUGAGGAUGAGAAUACUUGGAAUUUUGAAUUGUUUACUUUUUUUCUUUUCUUCAGUGUUUUAAAUCGUUGAAUACGAAGAAAGUGUUAAUAUUUGCGGUAUUUAGUGAAGCCUGUCUUUGAAAGUUCAGCUUUUCUGUGAAAUGCAUCACACAAAUAGUGCAUCACUUGUAAAUGCACUGAACUGGGUUGAAUCUGGUUCAUUUCUAAAUUUAAGAUCUCAGAAGAAAAUCUGAUCAACACCUGUUGACAGGGUCCAGGCAGCAAGCUUCUGAUUUGUAUUUGCCUUGUGAAAGGUAUAAGCUACUUCUUUCCUGAAGGUCAAUUAGGCAGUCAUGAGUUAUUUGUAUAGACUUUCAAGCUACGGUUCAUCAUUCUUCUCCCUUGUACCCACUGAUUUUUCCACAAAUAGCUAGAAAAUGCCCAGAGAAGCUAUGCUAUAUUGGUUAAAUAUUGCUCUCUUAUACUCUUGUUGCAGCAUCUGACUUGGAAAUAGCACUAUCAAAUAAAUUGGCUUUAUCCAAAAUCCACAGCAAUGAUUUUUCAAUCUGCCAUGUAUUUAAGGGGAAAUAGGAUGAAGUUACUCUCAAACUCUCAGGGGAGGGUUUAAUCCAAGGUUAUAGCAAAACAUUUUACUUGGGAGACAGGACAAGUUUUAAUGUCUGUUUAUAAUCUGGAAAAGCUUAGAGCAAAAUACAAGGACACUUUUUUUAAAAACAAAAAGCAUUAACUUUUUGUAUUCAUUAAACUUUAUACUAAAUAGUGAAUUUACAUCAGCGGGUUAAAACUAGUGCCACAUUAUACUGGUGGAACUCAGCCUCACCAUUGUCGUGAUGGUGGAUUUGGUAUGUCUGUUUUCAGGAAUCAUUGUGCUAUUGUUAAUGCAGAUAUUUGGCUGUCAGCUUCAAUUAUGGAACCCUAAAAUUGGCACUACAGCAAUGGGCAGAGUAUUAAAAAAUGCAUACUCUGUAGAAUACUUUGCCAAUGCCAGGACAUUUUGAGGUCAAAUUCUUCGCACUCCUGAUUUGCAACGUGCAAUGAGAGAUUGGACUGUAUUACCUACUGUUGUCCCAAAUAACCUCAAGGAAUUAAACAAUGGACAAAGUAGCCAUUAAUUAGGCAUCUGAAAACAUUCUGGUUAUUUCUGUGACAACAGUGUAAGCAGCUUUUUCAAAACUGUGCAAGAAAUCCAGUCAUUCUGUCUCAAAUGCGUAAAUGCUGCCUUCUCUGCACAAAUAUUUAUGACAUUGCCACAAUAGCAUAUUUUUUCAUUCAAUAUUGUGAAUAUGAAAAUUAAAAUAAAUUUUUUUCAAAUUGAAAUUUGGAAAUUUUCUGCAAUGCUUACCACUAUUACCGACUAUUCAACUUGUGUAUUAAUAUAGUAUUUUGCACAGUUCUGGUUACCACACUGUAGGAAGGGUGCCAUUACAUUGGAGA